AUGUCGAACCUGAGCAGCUACGCCAACUCACCCCGCCUUCCACAAAAUCAUCAACACCAGCUCAGACAGUUUCAGCAGCCGAGGAUACGAACAAUGGCGACUCAACAAGACGCUGAUGUCUUCGGAUUUGAAACGCAAGAUGUCGUCUAUGGCAACGACAGCUUCACCAGCGCCCAUGACAGCCAUUCCUACGGUCCCGGUGCUUCAAUGUCAUUCAACGCGAUGCAGACCUUCGAGGAGCUGUCUCGCAAUGAUACGAGCGUCAUUAGUGCUUUGACGAACGUCUCGCAGUGGCAGGAGAUGCAGCAGGCUAGCCAAGGCCGCCUUCCAUUCAGGCCUCUGCUCCCCGUCUCCAUGGAUACCUCGAUCGGCAGCUCCAGCGGCACAAACUUCCGCAGCGACAAUAUGUCCCUCGGCGGUUCAUUCGACAGCAUCAAUGCUUCAUUCGCAGGGAGCAUUGGUGGCCCUCACGAUGAUCUCAAUACUUCAUUCGCGGACACCAACACCAUGCAGCCUUUAAAGAUCGACACCAGCGUGGCCGCUCCGACGCCUCCAGUGAGCAUCCUCUCAACCCCAGUUGACGCCACGCAAUACGAGAUUGUUCACGAUGCCGAAUGGAUAUGGUCAUCUACCGACUAUGCCAGCUCAGCUCGCUCGUCGGUUCGCACUGAUAGCACUGGCCCUCGCACUCCUCUCAGCCCGCAUACUGCUGACUCUAUGCAAUCCUCGUACUUCAACGCCCACUAUCAAGGCUUUCCAAACAUGGCRGGCGUUUCAAAAGUUGAGGACGUCGGGUCAGACAUGUUUCCUUCGACAAUGCCGCGAUCUUUGAUAAACUGCCCAUGUACCGACUGCAAUGUGCCAUCAGCCCCACAGCAGCUGCCCGGUUCUUGGUCCAUCGGCCAGUCUCAAACAUCGUACUUGGGCCCUCUUCCAGGGUACGGAUCAAGCGCUCCAGCCGCCACUGAUCUACCGGUCGGUUAUUCUAGCCAAAGCCACGUCGCUGGCGCACCAUUCGUUCCCCGCCAGACUUCUCCUCCAGCAACGAGUUCCUUGAUGAAUCUGGAGCGUCAGUUCUCGGAUACAACUGACGGGGAAUCAGAGGACAGUGAGUCGGAGUCCGAAGAGCCCAACGUCAACGAUCAGGCCAUCAACGAUGCUACACACCGCCAGAAGCGUGAUAGCUUCCUGCUGAACAUGCGUCGCCAGAACUAUUCCUACAAGGACAUCAAGGAGCUUGGAAAUUUCCGGGAAGCAGAGUCGACCCUGCGAGGGCGAGUGAGGGUUCUGACCAAGGACAAGAGCGAGCGGGUUCGAAAGCCGGAGUGGAACAGCAACGAUAUCAGCUUGCUCAACCGUGCCUUUGAGCGCUACGCUGGCUUCGACGAUGAUGGUGAGACCAAGCCUCGUCGUCGAGAGUUGCCCUCAAGGAUCCCUUGGAAGAAGAUUAGCGGCUGGAUGAAGUCUCACGGAAGUAGCUAUCCUUUCGCACCUGCCACUUGCGCGAGGAAGUGGAAGGCUCUCAACUAA